AUGACGUAUGACUACACAACACAGGCACAAAUGACGAAUCAGGCUUCCCCAGUGGAGGAGCAAGAGAAGCUCUUGGACGAGGCCUUGAAUGUUGUCAAAGUCCAGGCAUUUCAAAUGAAAAGAUGCCUAGACAAGUCAAAGCUGAUGGAUGCUCUGAAGCAUGCUUCCACUAUGCUUGGAGAACUGAGGACCUCUUUGCUGUCACCAAAAAGCUACUAUGAGCUUUAUAUGGCAAUAACAGAUGAGCUCCGUCAUCUAGAGCUUUAUCUUCUAGAAGAAUUCCAGAAAGGUCGUAAAGUUGCCGACUUGUACGAGCUGGUGCAGUAUGCGGGUAACAUUGUACCAAGACUGUAUCUGCUGAUCACUGUCGGUCUUGUCUAUAUCAAGACUAACUCUAACCUGAGGAGGGAUCUUCUGAAGGACUUAGUGGAGAUGUGCAGAGGAGUCCAGCACCCUUUGCGUGGACUGUUCUUGAGGAAUUACCUGCUGCAGUGUACGAGGAACGUAUUGCCCGAUACCUCGGAGCCUCAGAACGAGAACGAGGGCACAGUAAAAGAUGCUAUAGACUUUGUACUGAUGAACUUCGCUGAGAUGAACAAGUUAUGGGUCCGGAUGCAGCAUCAAGGACACUCCAGGGACAAAGAGCGCCGUGAACGAGAGCGUUCGGAACUUCGGAUAUUAGUUGGUACCAAUCUGGUGCGUUUGUCACAACUGGAGUCUGUGACAGUCGACGACUACCGGCGGUUGGUGCUGCCCGGCAUUCUGGAGCAGGUGGUCAGUUGCAGGGACGCGAUAGCCCAGGAGUAUCUCAUGGAAUGUAUUAUACAGGUGUUCCCUGAUGAGUUCCACCUGGCGAAUCUGCAGCCAUUUUUGAAGUCUUGCGCGGAGUUGCAGCCUGGUGUCAACAUUAAGAAUAUCAUCAUAGCUCUCAUUGAAAGACUCGCUACUUACAGCCAGCGGAACGAAGGGAACAUAAAUUUAAGUGUAGUUCUAGAAGAUGGAAAAGAACAAGAGGUGCAGCUAUUCGAAGUGUUCUCAGAUCAAGUUGCUGCCAUCACACAGAGUCGCACCGACAUGCCCCCAGAAGACAUGCUGAGCCUACAGCUGGCGUUGCUUAAAUUGGCUCAGCGGUGUCACCCGGACAAGCUGAACUAUGUAGACAGGGUACUAGCUCACACCGACAAGAUAUGCAUUGACAUACAUACUGCCAGUGGCAAAACUCACCUAGAGCACAACACACCUGUGUUCAAAGAACUGAUGAAGAUCCUCAAGCUGCCAGCCGAUCACUACAAGAACAUACUAACUCUGAUCAAACUCCAGAACUACUCGCCCCUGAUCAAACACCUGAACCAUCCCGGCAGGAUCAUGAUCGCUGUACAUCUGAUAAAUGAUGUACUGGAGAGUGAUUGUUUGAUAUCUACACCCGAGGAUGUGGAGUCAGUGUUAUCGAUGUUGGACGUUUUAGUGAAAGACCAGCCUGAUCAGUCCACUGCGGAACCAGAUCUUGAAGAUUUUAUGGAGGAACAAGGCUUGCUUGCAAGAUUAAUCCACCACUUCAAAUCGGAGUCAGCGGAUCUCCAAUACCUGAUCCUGAGCGCUGCUCGCAAAGCCCUGCAGGGUGGAGGGGCGAGGAGGAUACAGCACACCUUCCCUCCCAUACUGUUCCACGCGUACAGGCUCGCCUUCUUGUACAAUGAGCUCAAAGAUCAGGAUGAGAUGUGGGAGAAGAAAUGUCAGAAGAUAUUCCAGUUCUGUCAUCAAACUAUCAGUAUGCUUGUCAAAGCUGAACUUGCCGAGUUGCCUUUGAGGUUGUACCUUCAAGGAGCUCUCGCCAUAAGUGAGAUUGGUUUCGCCAACCACGAAACAAUUGCUUACGAGUUCUUAUCGCAAGCAUUUUCGUUGUACGAGGACGAGAUAUCCGACAGCAAGGCUCAGUUAGCCGCUAUAACAUUGAUCAUUGCCACGUUUGAGCAGAUCAAUUGCUUUGGCGCGGAGAACGCGGAGCCGAUGCGUACUCAGUGCGCGCUGGCGGCGAGCAAGCUGCUGAAGAAGCCCGACCAGAGCCGCGCCGUCGCACUCUGCGCACAUCUCUUCUGGAAGGCGCCCAAGGACGGGAAACAGUGGGCGCUGAGCGACGCGGUGCGCGCGCUGGACUGCCUGAAGAAGGCAGCGCGCGUGGCGCAGCAGUGCAUGGACGGCGGCGUGCAGGCGCAGCUGCUCGCCGAGCUGCUCGGCCGAUACGCGCUGCUGCGGGAGCGGGGCAACGCCAGCCUCACCACCAAUCUCAUCGAAGCUGUUAUCCAAAAAAUCCGGGAGGAGCUGGCAAAUCUCGACCAAUCAGAAGAGGUGGAACAAAUUAGCAAGCACUUCCACAAUACUUUGCACCAUCUCAAAAACAGGAUGGAGUGUCCUGACCCUGAAGGUUUAGGCUACGAAGGUCUCACACUCUCUUAG